AUGGGGAACCAAUUGCAGAGACAAAGAAAGAUAACUGUUCAUGGCUUCAUUCUUGAGCCUUCGCAGGUGAAUUUAGCAAACUGGAUUUUUCAGAAAUAUCCAGAAAUUGCAGUGAAUGUCAAAUUGCAAGACGAUGAGCUCAGGACAAGAUACAUGAACCUUGUACUCGGCAUCAUCAAGAGUCUUUACCACAAGCCUCUACGUGAUCUAACCAAUGAUAAACUGAUCAAAGUUUCGAAGGAGUUGUCUGAUGUGACACAAGCAGGUUUCAAAGUGGAUUGGCUGGCUUCAAAGCUUAAGAAGGUGUCCUUGGAGAAGAAGACCUCUGAAGAUCGGAUUCGGAAACUCAGACAAGAGGUCCAAAAACUCAAGCUAACGAUCUCAGAGAAGAAGAAGAAGAAGAAGAAGGCUUCUGAAGAUAUGAUUCGAGAACUCAAACAAGAGGUUUGA